CAAGCAUGAAGGCAGAAAGUCAGCGAGAACCAGUUUGAUAAAAGAUGGGAAUGAGAGUGUCAUUGCUGGACAUUUGCAUUUCAUCGUCUAAAAAGUUCAUGUGGUUUUCCCCAAUAUACUCGCAAUAAAUCAGCGCGUUGCGUUUCAUAUUUUCACCUUGUGUAAAGCUUGAACUGGGGCCAUUUGGACCGCUUCCCGCUACAGCAGAGAAUUGAGCAGCAACAUGGCCGCCGCCGUAAUUGUAGAUACGGACUGUCUUGCAGAUGCCGUGGUUGAAUGGGUGAACACUUUUGAUUCCAUAUCCCGUCCUUGUCGGAGCAUCAAAGACCUUGCUGAUGCGGUGGUGUUGACCGACAUUCUAUCACAAAUUGAUCCCCAAUGGUUCAAGGCCGCCCGCGCUGCCGAGUAUGGUGACAAUUGGGUACUACGGUUUAAUGGUCUCAAGAAGCUUCACAAACUUUUGAUGGGUUAUUAUGAGGAAGUCUUGGGCCAAAACUCUGCAGGUUUGGAAACUCCAAAUCUGACGGCAAUCGCUCGGGAUGCGGAUAUCCUUGAACUUCUCAAGCUUGCCCAACUGGUCAUCGCGCUCGCUGUACAGUGCGAAAACAAUCAACGAUAUGUCAUGAAGAUCCAGUCGCUUUCCCAAGACUCUCAGCAUGCAUUGAUGCUUUCGAUCGAGACGGUGAUGGGUAGACUGGCGAACAGCACAGGAACGACUCAAAUAUCCCCUUCUACAAUCGAUGCGGAUAUGGAAGGAUCGAUCACUGCUGCCUUAAUGGCCGAGAAGUUGGAACUAGAAAAAUCAAAUAACCUUCUGUCGGAAGAGAUGGAGGACCUUCGAACAGAAUAUGAAAGAGUACUGGAAGGACGGAAAGAGCUACAACACAAGAUCAAUGAUAUGGAAAAAAGCUUGUCCCAGUUGACCGAAGCAGGCCAGGUGGACUUCAUCCUCCGGACCGAGAUCGAUAACUUGAAGGCAGACCUAGUUAAAAGUGAGAAUCGGCGUGUGGAACUUGAAAACCUUUUGGAAAAGCAGACUGCCGUCAUUACAGAUAUGACCCGCAAAGUGGAAGAAACAUCCAGGAAAGCGGAAGAAGUCGAUCGUUUGAAAGAUGCCCUUGACGAAUUUCGGCACGUAGCUGACAAGCUCCAGAAGUCAGAGGCCAUCAUAGACAAAUAUAAAAAACGAUUUGAGGAAGUGACCGACCUGCGUAGACAACUCAAGUUGGCUGAAGAGCAGAAUCAACAACAUGCCUUGCGCAAUGCACAGCUAGAAGAGGAAUUCCGCAAGGUGGCCGGUAUCAAGCCCUUGGUGGAUACACUAAAGAAUCAACUCAGUGCCUCGGAAACAAAGAACAGCUCGUUACAAGUUGAGGCAUCAACGCUAGCGUUUCAGCUGACGGAAGCCCGUUCGAAGCUGGAAAGAUAUGAUUUAGAAAAGCGAAGUGAUCAGGAACUCAUUCAAAUUUUGGAGGAUCGCCUUAAGGACAUGGAACAUCAUAGUUCAGGAAACCCUCCUCUGGAUCGCGAAAUAUCUGAAGCAGGAGGCGGGGCUGAAUCGGCAGUUGCCAUCAAGAUGGGUCAGUUGGAGAGGGAAGUGGAGCGCUUGCGCGCUGACAAUGCUUCUGCACAUGCUAUUGGCGCAAAGGUUAUUUUACUUGAAAAUCUCCUUGAAGAUGCCAAUCGCUUGAAGGCUAAAUUUGAGGAGGAUUAUCGAGUUGCGCACGAAAAAAAUAUUGCAUUUGAGAAGGAAGUGCAAGAGCUGCGCUCAUCCUCCGACCGUCCUGUUGAUUCGGCCACCGCACUGAGUAGCGAGAGGCAGCGUGCAUCGGUAGACAGUGCGGCUGCUGAACCAUUGCGAAAGCAGGUCAAACAGCUGAGCGAGCAACUCCGACAGUCCAUGGGACAAAUUAACAAAAUGGCCUAUGAGAGGGAUAAGAUCAACCAUGAUCUAAUGGACGCCAAAAGCACUAUAUCGCAACAAGAGCGGAUGAUCAACGAGUUGCGAAGCGAUCUGGCGGCGAUGGAGAGCCGCGGACAGUCGUCCGACGAAUCCGUUCAGAAGAUUGCAGCCAUCACUAAGCAGGCAGUAGAAGCUCAGCAUAAGAACGAGUACCUGCACUCGGCCCUCAAGUCAGCCAAAGAGCACAUUCGUAUGUUGGAUAACCAAGUCAAGGAAUAUGCUGCCAUCGUACCCAAGGAUGACAACUUUGCAGAGGCGAUCGCAUCUCUACAAUCGGCCUUAAGCGAAUGUCAAGCUGAAAAUGCACGUCAGAAACAAGAAUUGGCUGAUACUCGUGCCGCAGCCAAGCGAGAGCAAAUGCUGAUGGCAUCGGCGUGGUACAAGACUGCCACCGAACUGCAAUUGAAGGCGUCGGCCCGACUAAAGUCGGCGACACCUGAUAGUCCAAAAAGCUGGCUGGCCAGAGAACGACAGAAGGUGAUCAGGGAAACCAUACGUAGAUAGAUCAUUUCAGUACAUGUAUAACAGUGCAGUUGGUACAUUUCGCUUCCGGCCUGAGUUCAACCAGAGUUUGGGCAACAGUUUUAUGUUUAGAGUUACGAAGAAAUGCUGUUUUUCAAAUACCAGUAUGACACG